CUGAGCCCGGCUCUUCACCCCGCAGUCCACGCCCGCGUUGCGCCAUGGAGCGGCCGUCGGAGGUGGCCGUGGCCGGCAAGACGGAGCCGGGCCUGCAGCCCUACACCUGCAGCGAGUGCGGCAUGGUGCUGCCCUGCGCCGCCGACCUGAACCUGCACAUGCAGAUGCACCCAGGCAAGCACCCGUGCGUGUGCCAGGAGUGCGGGCGCGCCUUCAGCCAGGCCGCCGACCUGGCCGACCACCUCAAGUACCACACGGGCGAGAAGCCCUUCAAGUGCGACCAGUGCUGGCGGGCCUUCGCCACGCUGUCCAAGCUCACGGCCCACUUCCGCUCGCACACGGGCGAGAAGCCGUACCCCUGCAACAUCUGCGGCAAGACCUUCGCCUGCUCGUCCUACAUCACCAUCCACAAGCGCGUGCACACGGGUGAGCGGCCCUACGCCUGCCCCGAGUGCGGCAAGCGCUUCGCUGAGUCGUCCAUCCUCACCAACCACAUCAAGGUGCACACCGGCGAGAAGCCCUACGCCUGCAAGGAGUGCGGCAAGGCCUUCAUCAAGGCCUCGGGCCUGGCCGAGCACAUGAACACGCACACGGGCGAGAAGCCCUUCGCCUGCCGCGAGUGCGGCAAGGCCUUCAUGAAGUCGUCGGGGCUGGCGCUGCACGCCAAGAUCCACACGGGCGACAAGCCCUACCAGUGCGACAAGUGCGGCAAGGCCUUCUACGCCUCGUCCAACCUCACCAAGCACUUCCGCACGCACACGGGCGAGAAGCCCUUCCAGUGCAACGUCUGCGGCAAGACCUUCACCACGCUGUCGUACGUCACCAUCCACAAGCGCUCGCACACGGGCGAGAAGCCCUACGCGUGCAAGAAGUGCGGCAAGGCCUUCACGGCGUCCACGCACCUGGCCAAGCACCUGCGCUCGCACACGGGCGAGAAGUACGAGUGCGAGCUGUGCGGGAAGAGCUUCGCCAAGGCCUCGAGCAUCCUCAUCCACAAGCGCACGCACACGGGCGAGAAGGCCUUCGAGUGCAAGGAGUGCGGCAAGGCCUUCUUCGACUCGUCGGGGCUCACGGCCCACAAGAAGAUCCACGCGGGCGUCAAGCCCUACGAGUGCAACCUGUGCGCCAAGGCCUUCAUCAAGUCGUCGGCGCUCAUCAAGCACAUGAAGAUCCACACGGGUGAGAAGCCCUACGUGUGCGCCGAGUGCGGCAAGGCCUUCACGCGCUCGUCGGGGCUGUCGGUGCACAUGAAGAUCCACACGGGCGAGAAGCCCUACAUCUGCGACAAGUGUGGCAAGGCCUUCGCCUCCUCCACGCACCUCACCAACCACUUCCGCUCGCACACGGGCGAGAAGCCCUUCCAGUGCAACGUCUGCGGCAAGACCUUCGCCUGCUCGUCCUACAUCACCAUCCACAAGCGCUCGCACACGGGCGAGCGGCCCUACGAGUGCAAGGAGUGCGGCAAGGCCUUCACGGCCUCCUCGUGCCUCAUCAAGCACCUCCGGUCGCACUCCGUGUAGGCCCGCGGUGGGCGGGCGGGCUGGGGGCGCCUCGCACCCGCGCCCCUCUCCCCGGCCUCCCUCCCAGCCUCCAGACCCUCGGGCC